AUGUCCCCCCGCUCCUCCCGCGCCAUCGACAUCCUCCCGACCCCCCGCUCCUCCCUCCCCCGCUACGCAGCCUACGUCCGGGCACGCCACCGGUUCUGGGACCACUUCCCCUCCGGCGCCUACACCCGCGUCCCGACGCCCGGAACAGAUUUAGAAUGCGGGUUCUACGCCCUGAUCAUCUCCAUGGAGCUCCAGCUUGACUAUGUCUUAUCAUCUUCCUCUUCUUCUUCCUCCUCCUCUGAGCAGCAGCAAACUACGCAAAGUAGUGAAGGGCUAAGGCAGAGAAUCAGGGUGCCCACGACGAAGGAACUGCGCGAGGUGUACGCGUCGUCGGCAGUGCGAGAGGAGAAUGAAAGAGUGGGGAUGGGGAAUGGGUCGUGGUUUACGGCUGAUCAGCUGGCGGCUGUGUUUGCGGAGUGGGGGAGAAAGUUUUUAAAUGUGGUAGAAGAAGAAGAAGAAGAAGAUGGAACGGCGGGGGAUGAGGCGACGGCGGGGGGAACCAAGAUACGCUGUCAGAUGGGCUGGGUGAUGGAUCGGGAUGAGGAAGUGGGUGUGGAGGGGUGGCCGGUGAUGAUGAAUACGCCGGAUGUGGACACGGGGGAAACUGGAGAGGGGAUUGUGAGGGUGUGGGUGUGGAAUGAUGGGGGGUCGUUGAGGGGGGGCGUGGGGCAUUUUGAGGGGUUGAGGAGGGUGACGGUGGAGGAGGGAGAGGCGAUGGGGUUGGGAAGGGGGGAGUAA